AUGCUUCUGAUGUGGUGCAGACGUAGGGUGCAGGAGGAUGGUGCAGGCGGAGGUUGCAAGCGGGUGGUGCAGGUGGAGGGUGCAGGCGUAGGUUGCAGGCGGGUGGUGCAGGUGGAGGGUGAAGGUGGAGGUUGCAGAUGGGUGGUGCAGUCGGAGGUUGCAGCCCGUGCCUCCCCCGGCGUCCUGUCCCUGGAGGCGGAGCCUACCGUGGACGUGUCCCGGCUGAACCUGCGGGUGGGACGGAUCCUCGGCGCGCGGCGCCACCCGCUGGCCGAGGCCAUGUCGGUGCAGGAGGUGGACGUGGGGGAGGGCGCCCCCCGCACCGUGGUCAGCAUCCUGGGGGAGAACACCCCCCCCGACCAGGUGCAGGGCAGUCUCGCCGUGUUGCUAUGCAACAUCAAGGCCUGUAAGGUGCGGGGGGUGCUGUCCCAGGCCCGCCUCCUCUGUUGCUCCGCCUCCGAUGACAGCAGCGAGCUCCUGGCUCCGCCCACCGGCUCCGUCCCCGGAGACAGGGUCACCUUCCUUAACUACCUAGGCGAGCAUGACGGGAAGGAGCCGACGGAGCCAAGAGGGAGGAGGAAGGCACUCGGCGUCAAAAAGGAGAAGAAGAGGAAACCGAGGCCGGCGUACUACCGCGGCGGCGGCGCCCCCGUGUCGUGCAGAGUCUGCCACGCCCUGCGCUCGUCCACCGGCAUGCUCAUGAAACACGCCGUGAGCCACGUGGGCGAGCCCGAGCGGCUCUGCGGCGUCUGCAGCCAGCGCUCCGAGUCCUCGGACGAGCUGAGGACUCACCUGCAGAGUCACCAGGAGACGCACAGUUGCGGCGUCUGCGGCAAGACCUUCCUCUCCGCCCACGGCUUCCGCCGGCACGCCGCGCUGCACACGGGCCAGCGGCCGCACAAGUGCAACGUCUGCGGCAAGGCGUACGCGUCGAAAUACAGCCUGAGUGCGCACCGCGUCGAACACAUGGAGGAGAAACCACACAAGUGCGACGCGUGCGGCCGGUCCUUCGCGUCCGCCUGCCUGCUGAGGGCGCACGCCGCCAGGCACACGGGCGAGAAGGCGUUCCGCUGCGACGUGUGCGGCCACGGCGUCGACAACCUGCGGGCGCUGUCGCUGCACAAGAUGGCUCACGCCGGGGAUCGGCGCUACGGCUGUCCGGAUUGCGGCCGGUGCUUUUUGACCCCCGGGAAGUUGAGAGACCACGCGAAGAUCCACGCGGACCGAGUCCGGAGCCACCUCUGCGACGUGUGCUCCAAGGCGUUCCACACGGGCGCCUUGCUGCGCACCCACAUGAGGACGCACGGCGGCGAGAAGACGGUGUGCGGCGAAUGCGGCAAGGGAUUGUCGUCCCUGGGAGCCCUGGCGAGACACAUGAGGAGCCACACGGGGGAGAGACCCUACGAGUGCUCCGAGUGCGGACGGACCUUCAAGUGCAUAUCCACGCUCAGAUGUCACGAGAAGACGCACUCGGGCGUCAAGCCGUUUGUCUGCGCCAUCUGCGGCAAGGCGUGCGCCCGCAAGGAGUACCUGACCGUCCACAUGAGGACGCACAACGGGGACAGACCGUACCCGUGCAAGCUCUGCGACCGGGCCUUCACGCAGAGCCACGUUCUGAAGGCACACAUGAAGAGCCACCGAGGGGGGGGGGGCGGAGUCGAGGGAGAUGGGGACGCACUCCAGUCCUGAAGACCUGUGACUCCUUUUCUUUUGGAUU